AUGACCAAUUAUUCAGAUCUCGAUUUUCCCCCAGGUUUUACUGAAGAUGAUACGAAUAACGGGCCUUUGCUUCCAGAUCUACACGAUGAAGAGGAGACUGAGCAAGAGCGAGUAAAGGAGUGGCGUCGCCACAACACCCAGCGUUUUGGCUAUCGCGCAGCCUAUUCAACCGCAGUUAAAGAAAAGGAUUUCAUGCCACCCGAAUUUAUUCGAAAAGUGGUUAAAGAUAACGGUGAUUUGGGAGGGAAGCGCUUUAAAUCCGAACGGAAGCUGUGCGUGGCCAUGUUGCAGUAUGUUCCCUUGGCGCUGUAUAAGCUGCUGGAGAACAUGCCAAUGCCGUGGGAGGAGGCGCGGUACGUCAACACCGUUUACCACGUUGGGGGGGGUUAA